GUCACGCACAUUGGACAAACAUACCUGUACAGCUGGGCCUGGCGUGCCGACAAGAAAGACCCCAUAAAAGCGGCCCCCUUGCUUGGGUCUAAUCAUUCAGCCAUCGCCAUCAGUCAUGGAGAGACUCGUGAUUCUACUUAUUCUAAGCGCCGCGGCGUUCGCUUCUGUCGAAGAAAACCGCGGAAUUAGAGAAGAAGAAAAAUUCUUUGAAGGCGACAUGAAACUGACAGAGGAACAGAUAAACGAACUAAAAUCAGGGGCAGCAAUGAAGACGAGGAAAUGGCCGGGAGGCGUGGUACCGUACGAGCUGGAUUCUUCCCUUUCGGGUGAUUCUCAGGCCGUCAACGCUAUCAACGGUGCCAUCGUCGAUUACGCUAAGCUAACUUGCAUUACGCUCAGGCCCAAGAAGGCCAACGAGACAUCAUACCUCUCAAUCUUCAAGGGCAGCGGAUGCUGGUCAUACUUGGGACAAACAGGACGUAAACAGGAGCUGUCGCUUGGUCGUGGCUGCUGGUAUAAGGGAGUUGUUAUCCACGCGAUCGCUCACGCUCUAGGUUUCUUUCACGAGCAUAACAGACCAGACAGAGAUCGUUACGUCAAAAUCAUAUUCCCGAACAUUGAACCUGGAAGGGAAGUUUACUUUAGAAAGAACUCUGCUUCCUCCUUCACCACUCACAACAUCCCAUACGAUUACAGCAGCGUAAUGCACUAUGGUGUAGGCGCCUACAGCAGGAUGAUGAGUCAGCCAACCAUUGUACCUCUGAUAUCGGGGGUUUCCAUUGGUCAGAGACGUGGUCUGAGUAUGCUCGACGUAGCAAAAGUUAAAAUUCACUACAAUUGUAAAGAAACAUCCCCUCCUCCAGUCACAAAACCUCCGCAGUCAGACUUCAACUGCAACUUUGACAGCAAUAUGUGCAGUUUUGUCAAUAUGGGCUCCGACAAAUUCGACUGGACUCGACGUAGUGGAGGUACACCGUCACAGGGGACCGGGCCGAGCUCGGGCCAUGGAGGAAAAGGCUCCUACAUGUACAUCGAGGCAUCCUCACCCAGAAAACAAAACGACAAUGCAAUGAUGGGCGGCUAUUUUACAUUUGACGGCAACACUUGCGUCAGUUUCUAUUACCACAUGUACGGUAAGCAUGUUGGCGAGCUGGUGGUCAGUGUAGGAACCAAGACUUAUUUGACACUUGCUGGUAGCCAGGGAAACGCGUGGAAGCAAGCGAGCUUCAAAUUCUCGGCCAAGAGAAAUUUUCCUCUCGUGUUUGAAGGCGUCGUCGGAAAAGGCUGGCAGGGGGAUAUUGCAAUCGAUGACGUAUCGGUCAAAAAGUGCUAGACACCGUGUAAGGCCUCAAGCUUCCUAAUGGUGGUCGAUUUACUGAUAAUAUUAUAUAUACGCUUCCACUUAUAAUACAAUAAAUACAGUUGUGUCAUC